AUGGCGGAGGAGGACCCGGCCCCGCCCGCGGACGGCGACGCCGCCCCAACGCCGCCGCCCCCGCGCCCGCCCCUCACCCCCGAGAUCCUCGCCGCCUUUUACGAAAAUCUCGACGCCAAUCCCGACCCCGACGUCGCCGCCGACGCGCUCGCCGAAGCUCUCGAGCUGCGCGAUCGGACCACCGACGCGCGCGUCGGGUCGCGCGUGGACUUCAUCUUCAACGCGCUCGACUUCGCCAGGGACGCGGGGCUCACCCCGGCGCAGACCGUGGCGGUGCACGAGGUGGGCCAGGCGAUGCUGGACGCGUGCGCCGUCGAACCCGGGCCGAGCUUCGUCUUCGCGGACGCCGAGUCGCUGUUCCAGUCCACCAUCCUCCCAAAGGUGGCCGCGGAGCCCGACAGGGAGGGCGGCCAGUUCUCCGUCACCGACGUCAGGGCGGUGUCCGACUACUUCGCCAAGGGGUUCUUCCAGCACUUCUCCCUGUGGCGUUUCGUGUGGAGCGAGGAACAGGAGAUGGAUAAGCACGAGACGUUCAAGCGCGUGGAAGUGGCGUUUCCCGCGCGGCCUCUGCCGGACUUUCUCACGGAGCAGGCGAACGAGGAACGUCUCGCCAAGGAGGCGGAAGAGGCGGAGGCGGCGAGGGUCGCCGCGGAAGAGGCGGCGAAGGAAGCGGAGGAGGCGGAACGGCUUCGUCUCAUCGAGGAGGAGGAUGCAAAACGGAAAGCGGAGGAGGAGGAAUACGCGAGGCGCAAGCCGGCGACGCUCGCGGACGCGGUGGAGCACGCGGUGAAGACGGCGCUGGCGCAGGAGCGCGCCGCGCUGGAGGCGGAGUACGCGGUGCGGGAGAAGCAGCUCCGGGAGAAGAUUUCCGUGCUCGAGCAGCAGAUGAAGGCGAAGUGA